CGGGCCUAGACUCUCCUAUCCCGGCACAGAGCCAUUACGCACGGCUGCCAAACUUAAGCAAGCCCCCCUCUCUCUCCGCCUCGCACGCGGUUCAGAUAACAGAUAACCGACGCUCGCUCCCACAUCUGUAAAUGCUUUCGAACAAUCCUGGUUUAUCAUUGAGACAAAAUGAACCGCGGGGAUGUGAGCGCGCGCGGACAAAGACGCAGGCUCUGGUUCGUUCACGUUUUCCUCGCGCUGCUUUUGGAGACGGUGCAUGAUGCAGCCACACAGCCCCAGCACGCCCCCCCUCACUAUGAAGUGGUCUACCCCAGCCGAGUGGACGCCAAAGGUCACUUCCUGUCCCACUUCCUGUCUCACCACGCUCCCAGGGUGCACCGACGAGCGGCUCCAGUGGACACAGGGGACAGGGGGGACAUAAAAGACAGAGUGGACCCGUGGGACAGAUGGGACCUGGACAGUGUCUUCUAUCAAGUGCGACACGGCGGACACACCCUGCGCUUUAACCUGACCCUGAACCCUCACCUGCUGGCCCCGGGGUUCCUGAGCGAGAGGAGGUACGGGGGCCUGAGCGGGGCCAAACUUCAGCCCCCCUCGGCCUCGCGCUGUCACUACCUGGGAGAGGUGUGGGAGGAGGACGCGGUGAGAGGGAGAGCAGCCAUCAGCACCUGCAGCGGCCUUACAGGGAUGUUUAAGUUUUCUGAAGAGGAGUUUUUCAUGGAGCCUCUGGAACAGUCCGACCAGGAGGGAACCGCAGCCCAGGCCCACGCCAUCUACAGACGCCAUGAUGCCCCGUCCGCCCCGUCCGCCCUGUCUGCCCCUCCAGGCACCAGGGCAGCCGGCUACAACGGGACGUGUGGGCUCAGAGCGUCGUUGGAGCGGCUGGAGCGGCAGAGGGAGCGCUGGGAGCAGAGGCAGAGGAGGACUCGUCGGAUCCGCCCUCGCUCCAUCAGCUCCGAGCGCUGGGUGGAGACGCUGGUGGUGGCGGAUCACAAGAUGGUGGAGUACCACGGGAGCAAGGCUGUGGAGGGAUACGUCCUGGCCAUCAUGAACAUUGUGUCAGGUCUGUACAGUGACGCCACUAUUGGAAACGCCAUCAACAUCGUGGUGGUGCGUCUCAUUCUGCUGGAGCAGGAGGAGGACGAGCUGAAGAUCACACAUCACGCAGACCACAGCCUCAACAGCUUCUGUAAGUGGCAGAAAAGUCUGAACAUGAAGGGAGACGACCACCCGCUCCACCACGACGUCGCUGUGCUGCUCACCAGGAAGGACAUCUGUGCAUCGGUGAAUUCUCCGUGUGAGACUCUGGGCUUGUCUCACGUGGCGGGGAUGUGCCAGCCCCACCGCAGCUGCAGCAUCAGUGAGGACACGGGGCUGCCCCUCGCCUUCACUGUGGCUCACGAGCUCGGACACAACUUUGGAAUCCAACACGACGGCAGCGGCAACGACUGUGAGCCUGUGGGGAAGAGGCCCUUUGUCAUGUCCCCUCAACUCCUCUACGGGACCUCGGUGCCCAAGUGGUCCCCCUGCAGCCGGGACUACAUCACACGCUUCCUCGAUCGUGGCUGGGGCUGGUGUCUGGACGAUCCUCCUGGUCAGAACCUUCUGGAGGUGGGCUCCCUGCUGCCCGGAGUGCUCUACAGCGCCCCCCACCAGUGCCGCCUGCAGUACGGCUCCGGCUCGGCUCUGUGUCCGGACAUGGACGACGUGUGCAGUACUCUGUGGUGCAGUGUGGGACACACCUGUCACUCCAAACUGGACGGAGCAGUGGACGGGACGAGCUGUGGACAGGACAAGUGGUGCGUGAGUGGACGGUGUGUUUCUGUGGGGCAGUACCCUGAGAGUGUGGACGGAGGCUGGGCUUCAUGGAGCGAAUGGUCGUCCUGCACCAGGACAUGUGGCUCUGGAGUGCAGAGCGCCCACAGGGACUGCACAAGCCCACUUCCUAGGCACAGGGGGCGCUACUGUCUGGGCGAGCGCCGCAGGUACCGUGUGUGUAACCCCGCCCCCUGUACAGAGGACACGCCCACUUUCAGAGACCAGCAGUGCAGCCACUUCAACAGCCUGCCCUACAAAGGACACCUGUACAGCUGGGUGGCAGUCUACAACAGAGUCAGCCCGUGUGAGCUGCACUGUCGGCCUCUCCACCAGCACUUCUCAGAAAAGAUGAGGGACGCGGCCGCUGAUGGAACUCCGUGCUACGAAGGUAGCAAAAGCCGAGAUAUGUGCAUCAAUGGCAUCUGUAAGAGUAUGGGCUGUGACCUGGUCAUUGACUCCAGCGCUGAGGAGGAUCGCUGCGGAGUGUGCAACGGAAACGGCUCCACCUGCGCCACCGUCAUGAAGACUUUUGAGCAGAGCGAAGGACUUGGGUACGUGGACAUCGGCCUGAUCCCAGAGGGCUCGUGGGACAUCCGCAUUGAGGAGGUGGCCGAGGCUGGGAACUUCCUGGCGCUGCGCAGUGACAGUCCAAACAAGUACUUUCUGAACGGAGCGUGGACCAUCCAGUGGAACGGAGAGUACAAGGCAGCCGGGACCGUGUUCAAGUACGAGAGGAGCGGGCAGCUAGAGAACCUCACCUCCCCGGGGCCCACCACCGAACCUCUCUGGAUACAGCUUAUCUUUCAGGAGUCUAAUCCUGGAGUGCGUUAUGAGUACACCAUAAACCAGAACGCCUCGUCACACACAGAGCCUGGCUCCUCACGAUUCUACUGGAAACACGGCUCCUGGAGCGAGUGCAGCGUCACCUGCGGGACAGGUAACAAACUCUGGCAGAUUCUGUGUUCUGUGAGCUGCGGCAGUGGCACACGCUGGAGAAACGUAACCUGCUCCAGAGACACAGGCGCCGACUGCGACCUCCAGAAGAGACCCCCCUCGCUGGGCACCUGCCACCCCCGCGACUGCCCCCCUCCGCAGGACAACUUCGACUGGUCCGGGAGCGGCUGGUCCAGCAAAGACAUCCUCAACGAAAUCAACUCCAUCCCAGAUAUCAAACCGCCCCCAAAGUCCGCCACCACCAAAGCGCAGCCCAAACCCCACCCGGACGUGAAUGACAUCAUCGAGGGUGACUUCCACUACCACAAUAACAUAGAAAGCACUCAUGUCUCUCAGGAAAAACGCGUAAAAGUGGACGAUUUUUACUACGAUUACAACUUCAUCAACUUUCACGAAGACUUAGCCAAUGACAAUGAUGUUGAAAGUGACGGAAAAUACUCAGGGAAUGAAGACUUAGCUCCGAAACCAGAAAGCGUGGAGAUGACAAGUCCUCCUACGUUUGCUCCUUCAACACCUACAAACUCCAUUCAUAAAGAUACAGAGCAGAGCACAGACUCUGACAGUGCCAAAGUCAACAUCAUCGCCUCAACAAAAAAUUCUAUUGAGAAAACGGUGAACAAUAUGGACGACUUUCUGGCUGAAGAUUAUCUCCUGCCAGUUUCCACCACCCGCUCGCCUCCAUUGUCCACAACAAAUGACCCACUGGCAAGAAAAGGUGAAGACAUAAGCGAUGCAAAGUCAACAAAGAAGAGGUUACAAGACUCAGAAAUGAAUGGUCUGGAUGAGGAAGGAAGCUACGAAGACAUAAGUACAACGCCAGGGCAAUAUGUGACUUCUUCACCUGGAGUCACAAUAACUGCCAACGUUGCGCAAGAAGCUACAAGUUCUCUACAAGUACUCGAAGUUUCUGAGUCCCAAACUGUAGAAACUGUAGAAAACACAUUAUCGCCAAUUGAAUCUCUAUCGGUAACGAAACUGAAUGAAGAAAAUUCAGAAAAUCUUGGUGCAACCCCUUCUUCUGAAACAGCAACUGGAAAGGAACUACCUCUCGGAAAGCAACCUACGACGCUUCAGCCACGUUCUACUACAACUGGAAGCUAUUCUGAGGAUUCUGUCGAUUAUGAAUACGCUGAAAUUCCUUACAUCUCAACAGCAACAACCGGGAAGGCGUAUCCUGGCAUUUCGCAGCAGUAUCCCACGGCGACGGCAGCUCCGGUUGUAACAGAGCCUGAACAGAGAGAAUAUGCAACACCUGCUACUUGGCUUUUAUCGCUCUUCCCGUCCAAGGCGCCGCGAGCUAAUGCCCACUGGGUCACCGGAAACUGGAGUGCGUGCUCGACCAGUUGUGGCCUGGGGGCAGUGUGGAGGUCCCUGAGCUGCAGCACAGGCUCGGAGGUCGACUGUGACCCCGCCAAGAGGCCCGCCCCUGCCCAGAGGUGCUACCUGAGGCCCUGCUCCACCUGGAACCUCGGACCCUGGACCAAGUGCUCGCGGGCCUGUGGAGGAGGAGUGAGGAUGAGAGAUGUGCAGUGUUUUGACAUGAGAGACGCUCGGCCCCUGCGACCCUUCCACUGCAGAGCCACGUCCGUGCGGCCCCCAUCUCUGGCCCCCUGUAACCUGCAGCCCUGCCUGGACUGGUACACGUCGUCCUGGGGACAGUGCUCAGAGGUGUGCGGUGGUGGGCAGCAGCAGAGGAUGGUGACGUGUCCAGAGGAGGACCAGUGUGACCCAGACCAUGAGCCAGAGCACAUCCAGAGGUGUAACAAUCAGCCGUGUGCACAGUGGCUCACGGGCUCCUGGGGGCAGUGCUCUGCCUCGUGUGGGGGAGGCCUGCAGCUUCGCCUCAUCAAAUGUGUGGACACGAGAGAAGAGCCGGCGCAGGAGCUGGAACCGUCUCACUGCAACCAGGAGCCCCAGCCCGACAGCACCAGGAAGUGUGAGCUGCAGGAGUGCAAGAGCGCCCCCACUGCAGUGUGUGCGCGCGACCGCCUCACCUCACGCUUCUGUCAGACUCUGCGCUGGUUGGGCCGCUGCUCCCUGGCCAACGUCAGGACCCAGUGCUGUCGGACGUGUAGCCUCCACCCGCGGAUCCUCCAGCCCGGCAGCAGACAGACCGGAGCUAACCCGGGCCCCAGAGCUCCAGGGGCCCAACGGACACCAGCUAACCCGGGAACCCAAGCGCCCCAGCCGAGAGGAGCACUCAGGUGA